AUGGACCAAGCACAGCAGAGGAAGAGAACGGUGAGCUACAUCGUUAAUAUUGCGGACCACGAGCUUCCAGGCCACCACUCUUUAGGGGUGAAUGUUGUGCGGUACGACAGGCAGAGCCACACGUUGAUAUCGGGUGGCCGGGACGGGGUUGUUUCGGUAUGGAGGCCGGAGGGGAAGGAGGAGGAAUAUGGAGAGAAGGGAUAUGGAGAGAAGGGAUACGGAGAGAAGGAGUAUGGAGAGAAGGAGAAUAUUGAAGAGAAGGAAUAUGUGCAGGAGAAGGAGUAUGGGGAGGAGGAAUAUGAACAAUAUGGAAAGAAGGAAGAGAAGCAAUAUGGAGAAAAGCAACAUGCAAAAAAAGAUUAUAGAAUAAAGCAAAAUGCAAACCCAUUCGCUGGAAGGAGCGCAGAGGCAAACAUCUUCACAAAUAUGAACAACGCAGAAGACAUCAAGCGGUACAUUGCAGAAAAUGUGGGCAACGAGGAGGCGGUGGAGCAACUAGAGCAGCAGAUCAACAGUGAAAGCAUCGCAGGCGAACCAGUGAGGGCUGGACGGUACAAGCUGGCGGAUACGUGCCACCGGCACCUCGACUGGGUGCGGGAUGUGAAGAUCUUGGGCCCCGGGAACAGGGAGCGGACGGAGUUGAAGUUGGCGACGUGUUCGAACGACUUCUCGGUGAAGAUAUGGCGGACGAGCCGCGAGGCCCCGGUGAUGUCGACGGUGGGCUACCACGACGACUACGUGAGCUGCCUGGGGUACACGGGGCAGCAGAGCCACUACGGGGCACAGCUUGUGUCGGGCGGGCUGGACAAGGAGGUGAAGGUGUGGGAUUUGGGCCGGCAGUGUGCCGCGGACGGGUUCCGGUUCGCCGAGGAGAAGGGCUCCGUGUACGCGGUGGACUGCUUCGGGAACUGCGUGGUGGCGGGCGGCCCGACGGGCGUGGUGACACUUUUCGACCGCCGGGACAUGAAGCGGCCCGCCCGGCACUUCUUGGGCCACACGGACACGAUCCGGGGGCUCAAGAUGGGUGGCAAGUCGUUUGUGUCGUGCUCCUCGGACACAAGGGUGUGCCUGUGGGACUUGCGGGUGAACCGUGCCAUGAGGAUUUUCGACAUGCACAACUCCCCCGUGUGGUCGUUGUACGUGCCGUUGUUUGGCGACGACAACAACGCCGCCUACGACUGCGACCCGUCGUUCGACGUGCUCUACACGGGUGACAGCGACGGCCUGGUGGUGAAGACAGACUUGCGGGCGUCUGAUCUCGACCCGGAGCUCGUCGGGCCCCACAAAAGAGGCUACCUGAACGACCGCGUGAACUCGAACCUCGGCAUUUCGACCGUCGUGGCUGAUUUGAGCGUCUACAAGACAGGAAAGGAGUCCGCUGGAGUUCUCGGCAUCACGGGAGGUGAUGGAACCAUCUGGACGGCAUCCGCGGUGGCCAAGGACCGGUACCUGCUGAAUUGGGAAGUCCCGAACACCACCCGGCUGGCCGUGUACCAGGGCAUCCGGCUCUACGAGAAUCUCGGUGUUCUGUCCAAUGCAAACGACCUGGACGACCACCUGGUGCUCAGCUCGGCCCCGUUGAACCGCUCGGGGACCUCCGGUGCGAUCAGCAUCACGGCAAGUAUCAGCAACGACAACUCGGACAUCGUGAGCCAGUUUUCGCACGAGGACAUGAACCAGAUCGACGCGGCGCUCGCGACGCCGUUCGGCGUGGACGAGGCGGUGCUGGGGGCAGGGCCGGACGAGGGUCAGGAGCUGGGGUUGGACCUGGGUUCAAAGCCUGGACAGGGCACCCAGGGAGACACCCCGGGCGAGGCGAAGGUUCGCACGCUGCUGCUCUCGCUGAACGGCGGGCCCAGCACCGAGUAUGUGGUGAGGGAUGAGGUUGGAGAGAAGGGUGAAGUUGGAGGGAAGGGUGAUGGAAUUGAUGGAGUUAGUGAUUCUAAAAUUGAUGGAGUGAGUGAUUCUAAAAUUAAUGGAGUGAAUGAUUCUAAAAUUAAUGGAGUGAAUGAUUCUAAAAUUGAUGUCACGAACAAUUCCUUCUCUGCCCACCCCAACAGGAAUGUACAAAUCAACUCGCAGAAAGUACCAGACCACGCCGUGGAGGUGGUCACGUUCAACGAGGCUCCACUACAAAGCAUCGACGGAUCGAACGGCCUCGUCCUGUCCCGGCUGCUCAACAACCGCCGCCACGUGGCCACCAUGGACCAGAACGGGUGUAUCUACGUGAUCGACAUCGUGCAGUGUGGCCUCGUGCGGAAAAUCGACACCAAGGACGCCCGGUACGCGAUUGGCUCAGUUUCUGACUGCCUCGACGACGAGGACCGGUUUGAGCAGAUCACUGACGGCCUGCAGACUGAUGAGAGUCUCCCUCAGUGGUGCUCUGUGCAGACCAAGGGCGGCAUGCUCUUCAUCACCUUGAAUGAGAGCAGCUUCACAAGCUGCGAGAUCUACGAGGAUGAGUUUUUGCACCAGUAUGCCGGCCGGGCACUCGGAAUGGAGAGGGAAGAGAAGAAAGAUGAAAACUCCUCUGAAAACUCCUCAUCCGCCUCCUCCAUCUCGUCCAAGCCAACCCCUCGGUACAACCUCGGCAAGGUCGUAUUGAAGUCGCUCUUCUGCGAUUUCAUCGGCGAGGCGUUCACCAGCCAGCAGAUCAAGAUCAGAGCCACCAUACGUGCCAAGGAGAGAAGUGAGGAGGAGCGUGAGAUGAAGUCUCUGCACAAGUUGAGUGUGUGGAAGACACUCUCGCGGACAAAAAGCGGUGGCAGAGACAAGACCGACGGCAGAAGAAGUCUGCGGUCUGUUUCUAGCUCCUCGGCUGCCUCGAUGCACAGUUCUGGUGAUAAGGACACCGAGAAGAAGAAGAAAAAGAAGAAGAAAGGGUUCUUCAAGCGGUACCUGCACCAUGGGAAGCACGAUGAGGAUGAUGAGGACGCUGCAAAGGACAAACAUGGUGGUAAUGAGGACAAUAACGGCGGUGUAGACGUCGCAGAUGCCCAGACAGAGGAAGAGAGGAAGAAGUUCCUUGAAAAAGAGUACAGGAAGCAGCUGCAGGACGAAAUUAUGGGUCUUACGACCACAAAACAGGUGCUGGACUGGAUGGAUGAGCGCGGGAUCUCCGGGCCGGACGGAGUAAUGCUUGCUGAUGAGGAUGAUGAGAAGAAACUGAACACGCCGUACUUCAAGUACGACAAAAAGAUCAUGGUGACCAUCAACGAGAACAUCCGGACCUACGGAACAGACACAAAGACGCUUUUCCUGACCCACAUGGGCGAACAGAAGGACCUGUACUCCUCCUUGGAGGACUUGCUGCCUGCCUGGGUCAGCCGCGCCGUUUUAUUGGAUGCCUACGAGCACAUCCCGGGCAGAAAGGUCGAGUUCACCGUGGAACCGGACAUCUCCGGGCUUCCUGGGCUCCAGAAGCUCAAUUCGAACAAGCUCUCUGCCAAUUCCUUGCUGAGAAUCGACAGGGUCAUUGCCUAUGUGAAGGGAAAGCUUCCAGAGUCGGAGAAGCACGGACAAUUCGAGAUUCUGUGCCGUGGAAAUGUCUUGGACAACAAGGCCACAUUAAAUACCGUCAAGAACCGUAUUUGGAAGAGCAGCGGAAACGUCCAGUUGAUAUACCGGAAGAAGAAGUGUUGA